CGGCGGCGAGCCGGCGGGGGUGCGGCCGAGGCCGGAGCCCUGCCCCGGGCCGGGCGGCGGGGCCGGCGGGCGGGCGCGCAGCGGGCGCGGCGGCGAGUGCGGGCGGGCGCAGCCCCGCUCAGCCCGGGGCUGCCGGCGCCGACCGCGCCAUUGUUGGGGGAGGGGGCGGGAGCGGCGUCCGGGGCGAGCGGAGGCGCAGGCAGCGGCCGAGCGGAGCGGAGCGGAGCGGACGCGCCCCAUGGGGAACACGCUGACCUGUUGCGUGUCCCCCAAUGCCAGCCCCAAGCUGGGCUGGCGUGCGGGGCCGGCGGAGCCCGACUACGAGUCCGAGACCUACGCGGCGGCGGCCGGGGACGCGGUGGCGGUAGCGCCGACGCCCGCUGCGGCCGUGGAGCCCUCCGAGUUGGAUUUCGGAGCCGGCGAGGGGCACCACCUGCAGCACAUCAGCGACCGAGAGAUGCCCGAAGAUUUAGCUUUGGAAUCAAAUCCUUCUGACCACCCCAGGGCAAGCACAAUUUUCCUCAGCAAAUCUCAGACAGAUGUGCGUGAAAAGAGGAAGAGCAACCAUUUAAACCAUGUAUCUCCAGGGCACCUUACUAAAAAGUAUAGCUCAUGCUCAACAAUAUUUCUAGAUGACAGCACAGUCAGCCAGCCUAACCUUAGAACCACAAUAAAAUGUGUGACCUUAGCAAUAUAUUACCACAUAAAGAACAGGGAUGCAAAUAGAUCCCUGGACAUUUUUGAUGAGAGAUCACAUCCACUCACAAGAGAGAAAGUUCCAGAGGAGUACUUUAAGCAUGACCCUGAACACAAAUUUAUUUACAGAUUUGUCCGUACACUUUUUAGCGCUGCACAGCUGACGGCGGAAUGUGCAAUAGUGACGUUGGUUUACUUGGAGAGACUCUUAACUUACGCUGAGAUCGACAUUUGUCCCACUAACUGGAAAAGAAUUGUUUUGGGAGCCAUUCUUCUUGCCUCUAAGGUGUGGGAUGACCAGGCUGUAUGGAAUGUGGACUACUGCCAGAUCCUCAAGGACAUCACCGUUGAGGACAUGAAUGAGAUGGAAAGGCAUUUCUUGGAGCUACUCCAGUUCAAUAUUAACGUUCCUGCCAGUGUUUAUGCCAAAUACUACUUUGACCUUCGCUCCUUAGCAGAUGACAACAACCUGAAUUUUCUGUUUGCUCCUCUCAGCAAAGAAAGAGCACAGAACCUAGAGGCCAUUUCAAGAUUGUGUGAAGACAAAUACAAGGACUUGUGUAGAGCCGCGGUGAGAAGAUCUUUAAGCGCUGAUAAUUUCAUUGGUAUCCGGCGCUCUAACGCCAUCCUCUCCUAAGAGAGCCCUGAGGAGUGAGAGCACCAGGCUCCUCAUUGACAAAGACUGUAGAAAGAGCCCCUCUCCUGGCCAGAGACCGGCAGGGGGACUCCAGCCAAUGGAAAGAACUCAAAGUCUGGACAGUGAAUGCUGACUCCAUAGGAAAGAAUGGGACCUUGUCAAAGCAACCACUCUCUGUCCUUUGUAAUGUAAACAGUUACAAAAACCACUCCAAAGCAAAAGCUCUGACCACACACAGAUAUUGCUUACCAUGUAGGCCGAUGGCUGUGAAGUAUGUGAGGUUUUUAAAUUGUUUCAACUUUUAGACUUUCGUUUGAGACAGGGUCUUAUGUAGCCUGGGCUGGCCUCAAACUCAAUAUAUGAUUGAGGCUGGCUUUGAACUCCUAAUCUUCCUGCCUCUACCUCCCAAAUGCUGGGAUUCCCAUGCCUGGCUCAGAUUUUUAGACUUUAAAGACACUAACCAUAUAACUUUGGUUUUUCUUGUUUUUCUUGCUCCCUACCCCCGUCCAACUGCUGCAUAUGCUGAUUCAGUGUUACCAUUAAAACAUGAGACUUCUUCCCAUUUGUGGUGCUGGGAAUCAAACUGAGGACUUAGCAUGUGCUUGGUGAACACUUGACCACUGAGCUACACUUCUCAGCCCCAAGCAUGGGAUACUUAACACUCAUGAAGCCACCUAGGAGCAGAAUGUAGCAUCAUUGGGUAUUAAAAGUUCUCCUGCUGUGUCAUCAAAGCUGCUAGGCAUUAUUGGCAGUCAGUUUCAGUUACCUGGGUAACAGUCACCAUUCAUAUUCCUUGCCAGCUCUGCUCACUAGCUUCUUGUUAUGUUUGGAGCCAUGAAGAGAAGGUAUCAGUUGUUGACUGCUUCUGUUGGGUCCACGCUGCAUUUCCUGUAAACUAUUAAUGGUGCUUCUCAUUAUCCAAUGGUUUUCCUCAUGUUAACAAGUGUAUUAAAAGAUAUUUUCACAAUGCCAAACAACAUAGUGGUCCAGUGAUCAUGAGCAAAUAUCUAAAAGACAAGGUGUCCCCAAAAUUAGUGAUGCUUUUUUUACACUAAGUGUUCUGUGCCUGGGCUCUUGGGACACUGCAGCAGACAUAGAAAAACCACAAGCUUUCACAAAAACAUCAUUUGAAAGUUUUAAUUUUACCAAUUUGAAAUAAUUAAGCCUUUAAUUAUUGUUUCUCUUGGCAAUUGCAAACUAUGAAC